CAACAUUGCAGGAAUACCUGAGUUGAGGCUCUUGACGUACGGAGUUUGUGUGACUCGAGUGGUUGGAUCUUUGCUCCUCCUCAUUCACUUGUUAACUUAUCGAAUAUUUGAGCAUUUAUGGAUACUCGACUGAUAUGUUGCUGUGACUAAGUGGGGGGACCUUCAACUGAUGGUUAGUCAUGGAGUCUGCAGAUGUACGCAAGAAUUUCAUUUUGACCACAACUGGAAAUUACUUCGGUUUGUCCCUAACUGAUCCUCUGCUCCUGGCACUUCAAGAUGACCAAAGUGUUAACACUUUUCUGGACUCUGGCAACUGUCAGCUCCUCGGUGCCCACAUGGUUCCUGAUGAGGGUCGGGUUGUAUUCAACACCAAGGUUGACUCCACGUUGAAAAAGGACAAGCUGCUCGUGUUCUUCAAGGUGAAGCCUGAUGUAAUAACUGGCGACAACCUUGCUGAUGUAUUUGUGUCCUCUAUGAUUGACUCGCCCGUUUCCUCCCUCUACCACUCCCUUCAAAAACUGUAUGCACCAAUAUUGUUAAAGGAUUCUGAAUGGAGUGGUACAUUAGAUCCUAAGCUUCAGUCUCUGCUAACAGAGUUAUCAGAUGGCCUGGGAAGCCUUCUUCGAAAACAAGAUCCAAAUGUGUCGAGUGAAUUUGGUCAUGCAUCCACAAGAUUAGCAGGGAUCUUGAGCUUCAAGGACGAAACUGACUACUGGGCCGACACUGCCAACAAUCCUAUGAGCCGUGAGGAAAAAGAAAUGGCGCAGAGUUUUUACCAUUGUCUUGAACCAGUCUCCAAAGAAUUCAGUGGGUUGGAUGCUGUUGCCAUGGUGGAUGCUGAAGACAUCUUGGAAAAUGCUCAGAACUGUUUGGAUGAAUUGUGGAGGUUUGACUUCCCCCAGGCUCGUAUGUCACACUUGUUGGGUGUCAUAGCUAAUCAACUGUCUCUCUAUGUACAGAGCAAAGUUGGAGAAGAGGAUAUUUGGGGUGGACAGUACAAUCAAGUGGAGAAAAGUCUUUCUGAAGGCAUCUCCAUCUGUGACCGCUGGGUUGACACCUGUCACAAACUUACUUCUAUGUUUUGGAAAAGUGUGGCAGAUCAGAUGUGGGAAGGCAAACCAUUCAUUCCAGAUUAUUGCAAGAAUGUUUCAAAACGCCUAAAUGAGAUACUUAGUCUACGCACCUUGCACAAACAACUAACAAGGCUGUUAUCUCUUAGUGAACAGGAGGACCUCAAAACUGCAGAGGCCUUUAAACCAUUUACAGGUUUAAAACCAGUACAGUACAAUCCGUACACAGAGCCAUUAUGGCAGGCAGCAGUGCGGCAAUUUGAAAAUUCCUUGAAACCUGCAGAACAACGAAUUGCUGGUAAGCUAAGAGCUCAGCUCCGAAAUAUGAAUUCAAGUGCUUACCAGCUUAUGCAAGAGUUUAAGCGAUAUAAGGAACUGAUCAAACGAGACAGUAUCCAAAAGGAACUUGUAGCUGAACGAGAAAUGUUAUUAAGUGAACUUAGCAGCUAUGUCAGAGCAACUCAAGCAGACUUUAACAACACAUCAGUCAAUGGACCUAGGCGAAUGACAAAUGUUCCAGAGGUGGUCAGCAAUAUCUAUUGGGUCAAACCUAUUCAUGCAAAGGUCCUGGAUAUUGGUAAAACAGCAGAUACCUUAUUGAUGGACUUGAUUGGCUAUGAGGAACUGAAGCGGAACAUUGGUGAAUUUUGUGUGGAGCUGGAGGAGUACCACAAUGACCAGUUUAACUCAUGGUCUCGAGAAAUGCUACAUAUGAUAGACACACAAGAACUUAGCCUGGCAACGGACUCACCUGUGUUGUCCUUCAGUAAAGGUAGACUUUUGCGAGUGAAUUAUAACCCACGUCUGGUGGGUCUGGUGAGGGAAGUUAGUCAACUCUCCAUCCUGGGACAUAAUAUUCAUCCAAAUAUCAUCAAAAUGGCAAAGCUUGCCCAAAAAUUUGUGAAGCAGGCCAAAGCCUUGGAGGAGAUCGCCAAUUUCCACAACACAAUAGGAGACCAGAUGAUCCCGUCGCAGAGGCCAAUGAUGCUGGAGGCAGCACUUGCGCUCUCAGGUCUGGUACAGGAGCAGACCACCAUCACCUGGUCCAACACUGAGCAGCUAGAUGCUUAUAUAGCCAAGCUUAAGAUUGCCACAAAGAGACUGGCUCAAGAGAACAAACAACUGGCCCAGUGCCAUCUCUUGAUCAAAGAGAGGGUAUUGGCGCUCAUGAACACAGAUUUGUUGCGUCACCAGUCUAAGUGGAAGGAGUUACUGAAGGAGAUGCGAUCCAUAAUGCAUCAGCUACAGGAAAAAGGCUUUGCUGACCAGAAAUCUUGGUGCUCUCACUGGGAUCGCCAGUUGUACAAGGCUUUGGAACAUCAGUAUCAGUUGGGUCUUGAAGCUCUCAACCAACACCUGCCAGAGUUGAAGGUGGAAAUCACAUUCAGACAGCAGAGGCUUCAGUUUCUUCCGCCAAUGGAAGAAAUUCGCAUGAAAUAUUAUGGACAGUUGAAACGUUUCCUGGCCAUCCCAUUCCAAUUUAAGGGUGUUAAUGAGGUGAAUGAACAUCCAGUGUUCCCAACCAUUGUGGACCGUAAUGCUCAUCGCUUCUCACAGUUAUUUCAACGAGCAGAAGAAUUGUUUGAAAGACUAGAGAAUAUCAAAGAACGUUUUGCAGAUUUAUGUGCUCUUGGUUCUUGUGAUGUGGAACAGCUGGUUGAGAAAUAUUGUAGAACCGCUGAAGACUGGGACCGAAACUUCCGAGCAUCAAAAGCAAAGGGUCAAGAGAUUGGAAAAUUACCAGGUACAGAGGAGAGGAUAGACUGCUUCAGCAUAAGUUUUCAACCUCUCAGAGUGGAGUUAGAGAUAAUGAAUCGUCGUUACUGGGACAUCCUUGUACAGUCACUUCAUAAUGCAAUCAUAAAAGAUAUCAACACCAUUGAAAAGUUUACAGAGGAUGCCAUUGACGUUCUCAAGAGACAACCACAAACUGUAGAAGAGAUUGCUAAUGCAAGCAACAAGCAUGCAGAAUAUGCAAAGCUAACUGAAGAAAUGGUAGAGCUAUUCAAUGAAGCAGAACGCAAGAACAAGACUUUAGCCAGCUGGACGAAGGAGAGAGUGGAGCAGGUGUCCCGAGUCACCAUGCAGUGGGAUAAUUUCAAGACCCUCAUGGAGAAUCAUGAACAAAUUGUUGCAAAACAGAUUGAAGCUAUUAAAGGUAAUCUGGAGAGCCAAACUAACAGCUUCAACAGUGAGGUAGAGAAGUUUGGAAUGAGGUGGUUUCAGCUUCGUCCACAAGAGGAUAAGGUGGAUGGUGAUGUUGACAAUAUGCAGGCAGCCAUCUCUUUUAUAGCAGAGAAACGCCUGGAGUGGAACCAGCUCAUGGAGACACGAGACAGCUUGAGAAAGGACUAUGAGCACUUCAACAUGGGGGAACCAUUCUUUCCUGAAAUCGAUGGCAUUGAAGCAGACUUAAAUAAGCAUGAACAAACUUGGGGCUUGUUUGAUGAAUUCAACACCAGCAUGCAAGAAUUUUCUGAUGAAGAAUGGAUUGUUUUUCGAAGUAAAACAUAUAAAUUUGAGGAGUUUUUAAACAAUUGGGGUGAAAAGCUGCGGUUAUCUGGAGAAACAACUUCUGUGACUGUACGUCUUAUUCAUGAACUAGAAAAGUACAAAACAAUAAUUCCUGUAUUGAAGUAUGUACGUGGGGAAGUAUUUUCGGAGAAGCACUGGAUUGAGAUGUACAGCCUGCUGGGGAUACCCACUAAUUUAUCCGUUGAUAAACUCACUUUUGGCCAUUUUUUGAAGGUGCGUGAUGCACUACUACAACAUAAUGAAGCAUUGAAGGAGAUGAAUUCCAAAGCUGCAGGUGAAAUUGUAAUCCGUCAAGCGUUGGGAGAGCUGGAUGUGUGGGAAGUGGAUGCUCGUUUCAAUCUUGUUCCUCACAUAGACUCGGCUGGCAACCAGAUCAUGCUCAUCAAAGAGUGGAAGGACAUCAUUAACAAGGUUGGGGAUCAUCAGAGUCUGCUCCAGUCCCUGAAGGAUUCAACAUAUUUUUCAGCAUUUGCAGAUCGUGCUCGAGUGUGGGAACAACGUCUAGCUGAUCUGGAUGAAUAUCUAACCAAUCUAAAUCAGAUUCAGCGUAAAUGGGUAUAUCUGGAGCCCAUUUUUGGCCGAGGUGCUUUACCCAAUGAACAGGGUCGUUUCCGAAGAGUAGAUGAUGACUUCAAAUCCAUCAUGUCAGAUGUUGCCAGAGACAACAAAGUGGUGUCCCUCUGUCGCAUCAAUGGUAUUCGCAACACACUCGCUACACUGCUUGAUCAACUGGCCAGAUGUCAGAAGAGUCUCAAUGAGUUCUUGGAGGAGAAAAGAUCUGCUUUUCCCCGCUUCUACUUUAUUGGUGAUGAUGACCUGCUGGAGAUCUUGGGUCAAGCUACUAACCCAGAGGUCAUUCAGUCACACCUCAAGAAACUUUUUGCUGGAAUCCAUUUUGUGAGGUUUGAUGAAAAUAAUUCACAUAUUGUGGCCAUGAAGAGUUUAGAAGGGGAAGAUGUUCCUCUUAAAAGGCCAGUUGAAAUCACCACACAAGUUGAAGACUGGUUAAGACAACUGAGUGAGGAAAUGAAGAUGACUCUGCGACAGCUGUUGAGUGAGUGUCUGGAAGAAGGCCGCAGUGAUGCAGGGAUGGAUCCACUCAAGUCACCCUCUCAGAUCUUAUGUUUAGCUGAUGCCAUCCUCUUCACGGAACGGUGUGACGAAUCUAUCCGAGAAGGACGUCUCACCAACUACAAGAAAGAAUUAGAGACCAAGCUAGAGUCUUACACUAGUGUAGACCUGAGCUCAGAUGGAACACCAGAGGGCAAGACAGAUAGCCAUGUGCUGGAGCUCAAGUUAAAAGCCCUCAUCCUAGACACCAUCCACAACAUUGAUGUUGUAGAAAUUUUGAUGCAGAACAACACAACCUCUGUCUCAGACUGGGCCUGGCAGAAACAGCUAAGGUUCUAUGUUGGUGAAGGGGGCUCAGCUUAUAUGAAAAUGGUGGAUGCUCAGUUUGACUACACAUUUGAAUACCAAGGAAAUACUCCUAAGUUGGUACAUACACCCUUAACUGACAAGUGCUACUUAACUCUUACACAGGGGAUGCACAUGGGAAUGGGAGGAAAUCCAUAUGGCCCCGCUGGGACUGGUAAAACAGAAUCAGUAAAAGCACUUGGUGGUCUAUUUGGACGUCAAGUUUUAGUGUUUAACUGUGAUGAAGGAAUAGAUGUCAAGUCUAUGGGUCGAAUAUUUGUUGGUUUGGUGAAGUGUGGUGCUUGGGGCUGCUUUGAUGAAUUCAACCGUUUGGAAGAAGCAGUUUUAUCAGCUGUAUCUAUGCAGAUCCAGACUAUCCAGGCCACUCUGAAGUCUCAAGGAUCAUCCACUUCAUUACUAGGGAAAGAGGUGCCAGUUGAUCCCAACUCUGGAAUCUUCAUAACAAUGAACCCAGCAGGCAAAGGCUAUGGCGGCCGUCAAAAACUGCCAGAUAACUUAAAACAGCUGUUCAGGCCUGUUGCCAUGGCCCGUCCUGACAAUGAACUAAUUGCUGAAGUCAUUCUGUUUAGUGAGGGUUUCAAGAAUGCCAAAAGUCUUGGACGAAAGCUUGUUGCAAUCUUCAACUUGUCAAAAGAGCUCCUCACCCCACAGCAACACUAUGACUGGGGUCUACGAGCUCUCAAGACUGUGUUAAAAGGCUCGGGUAACUUGCUGCAGACUUACAGACGCUCAUUGUCUGAAGAGGAAAAAUCAUCAGAAGUAAAUGUACCAGCAAAUACAGAAUCAGAGUUAGUGGUUCAAGCUCUGCGCCUCAACACCCUCUCAAAACUCACCUUCUCUGACAGCUCAAGGUUUGAUGAACUGGUGCAAGAUGUGUUCCCGGAUGUUAAGUUCAGAGGUGUUGGUUAUGAGGACUUGGCAAAAAUUUUACAAGAAACAUUUAUAGAGAUGAGUCUUAUACCCAAUGAUCGGCAGAUCAAAAAAGCUCUGGAGCUUUAUGAACAACUUCAGCAGCGUAUGGGAGUAGUAAUAGUUGGUCCUUCAGGAUCUGGCAAAACAACUCUGUGGCAGACAUUAUGCAGUGCUCUCCUGAAAUUAGAUAAGAAAGUAAAAAAAUAUGUUAUGAAUCCUAAAGCUAUGCCACGGCAGCAGCUUCUUGGCCAUAUAGACCAUGACACAAGAGAGUGGUCAGAUGGUGUGCUUACUGCUUCUGCGAGACAAGUUGUUCGGGAACCACCGGACGUAACUUCAUGGAUCAUUUGUGAUGGUGACAUAGAUCCUGAAUGGAUUGAGUCCCUGAAUUCUGUUUUAGAUGAUAAUCGUCUCUUAACCAUGCCAUCAGGAGAGAGGAUACAGUUUGGUCCAAAUGUGAACUUCCUCUUUGAAACUCAUGAUCUGUCGUCUGCCUCACCUGCUACAAUAUCUCGCAUGGGCAUGAUCUUUUUAAGUGAUGAAGACACCAAUAUUCAUGCAGUUGUUAAUGCAUGGCUUGACUCACAGGGAGAAGAAGUGAAGCGCUACCUGGAGCCAUACAUUGAGCAGUACUUCCACCAAGCUAUUACUUGGGUGUUGAAGGCUGGUGAAGCUCAAGUUGACACUACUCUAGUUGGAUGGGUACUGAAUGGCCUCUCUCACCUUAAUGAAGUCACCAGUAAAGCUCACUUUGCCUUGGCUCUCGUGCGGGGUCUAGGAGGCAAUCUGCCAGAGACCACAAGGGAAGCUUUUGCUCGUGAGGUUUAUUCCUGGGUGGGUGAACACAUACCAGACCAACGCAAGCCUCUUAACAUCUAUUAUGAUCCUACCCGUGACCGCUUAGAAUCCUACACCUCUGACUCCACAGACCAAGUUGUUAUCAAUGCUACUGAAGUGUCUCUAAUAUUAACAGCUGAUGCAAAAUGCUCGCUGGACUACUUCAUGCCAUGGCUACAGUUGGAGACAAGCCAGCCAUUCAUCCUUGUUGGUCCAGAAGGCUGUGGAAAAAGCUUGCUGCUGCACCACUGCUUCUCUAGACUGCGCAGUACCCAGGUGACCAUGAUUCACUGCAGCGCCUACACUGCUCCUCAACAUGUUCUUCAGAAGCUUUCCCAAAUGUGUAUGGUCAUAUCCACCAACACCGGGCGUGUGUACCGACCAAAAGACUGUGAGAAACUCAUUGUUUACCUUAAGGACCUCAACCUCCCUAAGCCUGAUAAGUGGGGCACUUGUCAACUCAUUACCUUCCUCCAGCAGGUAGUGACUUACAAAGGGUUCUAUGACCACAAUCUGGAGUGGGUUGGACUAGAAGGUGUGCAGGUGGUAGCAUCCAUGACUAGUGGCUCAGCACUAGGACGACACAAGCUCUCAACACGUUUUACUUCUAUUGUCAGAAUUGCUUCUAUUGGAUACCCAGAGCGUGAGCAGCUAGUGAGUGUGUAUAGUGCUUAUUUACAAUCUGUACUGGAGACCAUGUGUCCUGAACACCCUGCCUGGGGAUCACAGACCAAGGCUCAGCAAUUAGCCACAUCCAUGGUCAAUGUCUACCAAAAUGUGCGUGAUUCCUUCAGUGUUGAUGACUACAGCCACUAUUUGUUCACCCCACGUGACCUCACACGCUGGGUCCUGGGACUAUUACGUUAUCAGAUUCCCUCAAGUGAUGCUACCCUUCAACCACUCAUGGAGGUUUGGGUAUAUGAAGCUUGCAGACUAUUCCGUGACAAGCUUGCUGAAGAUGAAGACAUACAGAAGUUUGACUUAAUUAUUAUAUCAACUGUUCAGUCAGACUGGGGCAUGGAUCUCCGUGACCACUUGGUUGACACAUAUUAUGUCACUCCUGCAGCUGGUGUUGUGACUGCUGGAGCACCUCUGCCUAUGCAUGGUUAUGAACUUGGCCACAUGAGCAUGGAGGACUGGAAUGAGAUGGUGGAACGUUCCGUAAUGCAGUACAGCAGGGAAAAACAAGAACUUCAUUUACUUGUCUUCACUGAGGUGCUGGAGGCCAUGGCACGGGUUGACCGAAUUUUAACUUCCCCUGGAGGUUCAUUACUACUGGCUGGCAGGUCAGGUGUUGGCCGCAGAACAGCCGUUUCUGUUAUUGCCCACUUGCAUGGUAUUAGGGUUGUCUCACCAGCUAUGAGUCUGGGAUACAAUACUAAGAACUUCAAAAAUGACUUAAAGCAGGUGAUGCAGAGUGCAGGUGUUGAGGGUGAACAAGUACUGCUGCUGCUGGAGGACCACCAUCUGGUCAGCUCAGCCUUCCUUGAAAUUAUCAACUCACUCUUGAUGGCUGGAGAGGUUCCUGGACUUUACACUCCUGAAGAACUUGACCCACUUCUCAUGCCGCUGCGAGACCAGGCAGCUCAUGAAAAUUUCAGGGGCUCCCAGUAUGCGUACUUUGCUUCAAGAGUGUUGAGAAACUUGCAUAUCGCUUUGAUCAUGGACUCAAGCAACCAGGAGUUUUCAGCCCAGUGUGAGAGUAACCCAGCAUUGUACAAGCAGUGCUCUGUACUCUGGAUGGAGGGUUGGGCACAGAAGACUAUGAUUCAGAUCCCAGAUAUGCUUUUGAGUGACAAUGAGAAAGACAAGAGGAAUGGUCCAGAGUUCUUAAACUCAUUCUUAGCUGUACACGAGAGCCUGCCGACCCAUCUUGCCACGCCUCGCCGCUACCUUGGCCUUCUCCACACUUACCGUUCAAUUCAUAAUACCAAGAAGGAAGGGGUUUUACAGAGGCAGCAGCAUCUGAAGGCUGGUGUAGCCAAGCUGAAUGAAGCUCAGGAGGUGGUGAGUCACCUCAAGGCUGAAGCAGCUGAAAAGGAAGCUGUUCUGGCAGAGAAGCAAGCAGAAGCCACCCAUUCUCUCCAGCUCAUCACUGACACCAUGAAAAGGGCUAAUGACCAGAAAGUUCAGAUGGUAUCAUUGAAAGACCAAACACUGCUGGAAAACAAGAAGAUAGCUGAAAGGAAAAUUGAAAUUGAUGAAGAGUUAGCAGAGAUUGAGCCACUUGUGAGGGAAGCUAAAGAGGCUGUAGGUAACAUCAAGGCAGAUGCUCUGAGUGAGAUAAGGUCCCUACGAGCACCACCUGUGGUGAUACGAGAUAUUCUGGAGGGUGUACUGCGCCUCAUGGGGGUUCAAGACACUUCAUGGAACUCCAUGAAAACUUUCCUGGCCCAAAGAGGCAUCAAGGAAGAAAUAAGGAACUAUGACCCAAGAGAUGUUUCCAUUGAAGGUCGUAAAUCAGUAGAGAAGUUACUUGUUGAUCGUUCAAGUUCAUUUGAUCCGGCUACAGCCAAACGAGCAUCAACAGCAGCAGCACCCUUAGCAGCCUGGGUGAAGGCCAAUGUACGAUUUUCUUAUGUCCUUGAGAAAGUGAAGCCUUUAGAAAAAGAGCAAAAUAUAUUACAAAGAAAUUUGGAGAGAGCAGAGGUUGAGAUUGGAGAACUAUCAUCUGGAUUGGAUGAUGUGGACAAGAAGGUCGCUAAGUUGACGGAGAAGAUGAAUCGCUCUACUAAAGAAGCUGCAGAGGUAGAAUUCCACUUAAAUAAGGCCAAGGAGACAAUCUCGGCUGCAGAAAGCUUAGUAACUAAACUGGAGGGAGAAUACCAGCGUUGGAGUCAACAGGUAUCAGAGUUGGAUUCAGGCCUAAGCGGUCUUCCACGAGAAGCUCUUCUGGCUGCAUCAUUCAUCACAUACUUGAGUGAAGCUCCUGAGGACAAACGCAAGGCUACGAUGGCCCAUUGGAGCCAGUUGUUGGAAGUUUCUGACUUUGACCUGAGAAAGUUCUUAAGUAGUGAACGGGAACAACUUCAGUGGAAAGCUGAGGGACUCCCAUCUGAUCAGCUCUCUAUUGAAAAUGCUCUGGUCAUCCUUCAGACUGAAAUGAGGCCAUUCCUUAUUGACCCAUCCUCACGUGCUACCACUUGGCUUCGUGAGCAUCUCCGAGGAUCUACAGUAGAGGUCACAACCCAGCAAGAUGCAAAGUUUGCAACAACUCUUGAACUAGCUGUAAGGUUUGGGAAGACACUCAUAAUCCAAGAAGUGGACAAGGUGGAGCCAUUGCUGUUUCCUCUUCUUAGAGGAGAUCUUAUUAAUCAAGGCCCGAGGUAUGUUGUUGAGUUAGGGGAGAAAACCCUCGACUACAAUGAAAACUUCCACCUCUUCCUGGUGACUCGUAACCCCGACCCUGAACUUCCACCAGACGCUGUUUCAAUUCUCACCUCUGUCAACUUUACCACCACUCGUGCUGGAUUAACAGGACAGCUGUUGGCAGCCACACUGCAGGUAGAGAAGCCUGAACUGGAAGUACGGAGGACUGACCUCCUGCGGCAAGAGGAAGACCUGAAAAUUCAGCUUGUGACUCUAGAAGAACAGCUGUUGACAACACUUGCUGAAUCACAAGGCAACAUCCUGGAGAACAAGGAACUGCUGGCAUCUUUAGAGCAAGCCAAGUCUAGUGCUGCCACUAUUGAAUCGUCACUCAAGGAAUCUGGUUCACUACAAGAAUCUCUCGAAAAUGAACGGAAAGCUUACUUGCCCCUGGCCCAGGCAGCUUCUAAUCUCUACUUUGUCAUCACUGACCUUGGCAAACUCAACAAUAUGUAUCGCUUUAGUCUGAAUGCUUUCCAUAAUCUUUUCCACAAGGCUUUACAAACACCUCAGGAUGGAAGUAACACAGAUCAACGCAUCAGGUCAUUGCAGAGAGCAUUGAUCGACCUGGUCUACAGUUACAUAAGCCGCUCUCUCUUCAAGGCAGAUCGCCUCAUGUUUGCCUUACAUCUGGUACACGGCAUGUACCCAGAACUGUUCCAAGCUAAUGAGUGGGAGGCUCUUACUGGCCAGUUGGUGACAGAUAUCAGGAUGGACAUAACUGAGAUCAAAAAAGCUCUUCCCAAGUGGGUCGAUGAAGAACGUGCUUUUGCUGUUGCUUUGUUGAAACAAACUUUCCCCGCUAUGUAUGAGGUUCUACACUUGGAUGAUCUGUCAACGUGGUCAGGCUUUGCCAGAUCCAGCCACUGUGAGACUGACAUACCAGUUCAACUUAACCAAAAGUUAUCUGGGUUCCAACAGCUGCUGGUCAUUCAGGCAAUAAGGCCUGACCGUCUUCAGUCUGCUAUGGUUAACUUUGCAAACAGGGCUCUAGGAGAAGUUUCUUCGGGAAUGAAGGAACUAUCUCCUCCUGCUCUGAACCUUCGCCGUCUGCUGCCAGAGACAACAGCUGGUGAACCUAUUUUGAUAAUCAUCUCCCCUGGGGCUGACCCCUCACAGGAGCUUCUUGAUCUUGUCAAAAAUACUGUAGGAAACGACAGCUACAAUGAGGUGGCUAUGGGUCAAGGGCAGAGUGAGAUAGCCAUUAAAUUCCUGCGAGAGAGUGCCACUGCUGGCCACUGGUUGUGUCUCAAGAACCUCCACCUGGUGACUGCAUGGCUUCCUACUUUAGAGAAAGAAUUGAAUUCCCUUCAGCCACACUCAGACUUCCGACUGUGGCUGACAGCAGAACCACAUGCAAAAUUCACACCCAUAAUACUGCAGAUAAGCCUGAAAGUCACUUAUGAGGCACCAGCAGGAAUCAAGAAAAAUCUUCAUCGGACAUACGAUUCAUGGUCUCCAGAGAUCAUUGCCCGUGGGAAUAAUGUUAACCGUGCUCAAGCCCUCUUUGUCUUGGCUUGGUUCCAUGCUGUUGUUCAGGAGCGUAGGACCUACAUCCCACAAGGCUGGUCCAAGUUCUAUGAGUUCUCCUUGGCUGACUUGAAAGCUGGUGCAGACAUUCUGGAUAGAUUAUAUAAACAAGAAGGGACUGGUGAUAUCAAGUGGAACUUUAUUCAUGGCUUAUUUGAAAAUGCAAUCUAUGGUGGACGAAUAGACAACAUUUGGGACAUGCGGGUUCUCAGUGCAUAUCUUUAUACUUUCUUUACCAAUGAUGUAAUUGGUGGACGCAAGCCAGCACCAACCUUGCUGGCCCAACACAUGACUUUACCAACUACUGUGAAUUUCCAGGACUACACUGCUCUCAUCAGGAGUUUGCCUGAAGAAGAUGAUCCAGCAUACUUUGGUCUACCAGCAAACAUUGAAAGAUCUUGGCAACGUAUUGUCAGCUCACAAGUUAUUGCUCAGUUAAAGGUUCUUAUGAGGUCUCCUGAGCUGGCAAGCCGUUUUGAUCGUGAAAAAUGGCAUACACAGUUGUCACCGAUGUUGAAUUUAUGGAAGAAAUUAAAUCAGGGUACUAAUCUUAUUCAGGCCAAAGUUGCUUUACCUGGUGCAUCAUCAGAACCCCCAGUCAGAGCAUUCUUACACCUGGAGCACUACUCUGUCAUCAGUAUCGUCCAGACCAUCCACCGUGCUCUGGCCCAGCUGUCAAAAGUUAUACGUGGAACACUCCUCCUCACUGCGGAUGUCCAAAAACUUGCUGAUUCUCUCUUAAGGCAGGAGACACCUGGCAGUUGGCAGAAACUAUGGGAUGGACCAGAGGACCCCUUGGAGUACUUGAGAAGUCUUAUCAGGCGAGCAUUGGGAAUUGAAAAAUGGGUACUUAAAAGUGACCAGAGCACCCUUCUCAGAGAAGCACUAGACCUAUCUGAACUCCUUCACCCAGCUACAUUCUUAAAUGCACUUCGUCAACAGACUGCAAGAGAAUAUGGGACCUCCAUGGAUAAUCUGGAGUUUAUUACCUCAUGGUCACGUGGUGGGAUUCCUGAUGCUAAGGUUGCCAUUAAAUGGUCUGCACUCCAAUUGGAGGGAGCAACAUUUGAUGGAUCCCGAUUGAUGCAUAACAACCAUGAUUCACCAAGUAUUACUGUUGCUCCAAUGUGCACAGUAGCAUGGAUGCCAAAGGAUCUACAGAGUCGAGUUUACCAAGAGGAGCUUUUAUCUAUACCAGUCUACUCAUCCUCUGACCGGGAGCACCUGGUUGGCAGCAUAGAUAUACCUUGUCAUACUCCUCACUAUGAGUGGCGUCAAGCUGGUUUAGCUGUCUUCUUGAUCACUUAGAUAAAUGAAAGUUAUAAACUCUGCUUCAGGAACUUUAGUUUUCAAAGAGAAAGCUGUAGGUUGAUGAAGAUGGUUAUGCUGUAGAUCAAUAAAUCAAUCAGAGUACCAUCCUCAUAUGUGAGGGUUGGCAACCAGAGUCCUCCACUCUGAACAUUCUUGGGCUGUCUUUACCAAUCCUCUAUGGUGUUGUAUCUCUUGGGGGGACCUAGUUUUUAAUUUCAUUCAUCCAUCCCAGUCUCUGUCCAUUAAUAUUUCUGUUAUUAUCCCCUCAUCCCUAAUUAUAUGACCACAGUAUCUCAGUACUUCAUUUGUUUUCCUAUCAGUGUAGCUUAUUUUUAUCAUUUGCCUUUAACAUCAAUUUCAAAGGCCUCCAACCUCUUUCUGAUGUCUGCUGAAAGUUCCAUGCUUGUAACCCAUAUAAAGCCUUUCAGCAACCCUUUUCAUUAGAUCUUUUAGAUUAUUAAAUGCUGUUUGUGCUUGCCUUAUUCUUGUAAUUGAUUUCUUCCGUACAUCUACUAUCAUAGCUAAUGUUGCUUCCCAAAAUACACUCAAUUUUCAACUUGUUUAGGUUCCCUGUUGCCUACCAUAAUUUUUAUUUUGGGAUUUAUUUCCAAUCUGGAAAAAACCAUUACUUUAGUCUUUACAUCAUUAAUUAUUAAACCAUAUUUAACAAAAUGUAAUGAUUGUACUGUCUCAAAAUUUUAAUAGCAAGCUAUUUUAUGAGUUACUUUGUCUCAUUAAUGUACUUGACUGAUAUAAACUUUUAAAAUUACAAAGAGAUACUGUAUCUUAUAUCUGAUUAUAAUCCUAAGUGAUCAUAUUGAAUUCAUGUGAUCAUUUCUUUUAGUGUUCAGCUUAACUGUACAACCCUGUACAACAUCUCCAUCUGGGUGACACAUAAUGUGUCAGUGAUUUUGGUUCACAUAGGUUUCUAUAGUCAGUUCACUCAAACCUUGCAACUGGGGGCCUAAGUCAGUUUGUAGCAAGGCAGCGGAUUGGCUGUCAGACUGACAAGCAGUAAGUGUCACUACAGGUCUUCAAUAUUUAAUCUAUCGUAUUUAUAUUAUUAUAUUUUAAGGGAUAAUAACUGUGUUCAUUUGUGACAAUUUUUGCGCUUGGGAAACCAAAAAUUAACAUAUGAAAUGCUCUGGUAACAUAAAUAUCUUGAAGAGAACACAAAAACAAUUAAAAAAUUUCAUCAGCACCUUCCACCUCGCUGUGUGAUGUCUAUGAUUUAUUUUAUACCGAUUCUUUUCACAUGCUAAUUUUUGCUUCCCCAAGUGCAGAAAUUAUCACAGAUCAACACAAAAUAUUAAUUAUCCCUUUAAAUAUCAUAAUAUAAAUAUACAGUACAUUAAAUACUGUAGACCUGUAGUGCUUCUUCAUGUGUCCGUUGGCCAACCAAUCGGCUGCCUUGCUACAAACUGAUCCUAAGCCUCGGUUACAAGGUUCAAGUGAACAGAAUAUAAUCAAGUAUACAAUAAAGGUAAAAUAUAUACUAAAAAAAAAAAUUCUACAUUUGUACCAGGUAAGCUAAUUUCCCAGAUUGUCGUGGUUUAAUGAAAAUGUGCAGAUAUAGACUUCAUGUCAAAACAGAAGUGUGAAUAUAGGUACAAGUUGUAAAGCCAAUAGUUCAUUCACUUGAGCACCAUGUAAUGUUAUUUAUUUGGAAGAAGAUCUGGACACAGGCAUGAUUCUUUCAUCCAAAAUGCAAUUAAAUCCCACUGAAA